AUGAGGGAAAUCCAACCACAAUUCAAUCCAGGAGGGAUAGAAAAACAGUUCGGUCGAAGCAGAACUCAAUUGGCCCGAGUAAAUAAGGAGAUAUCAACAUCACAACCACUCUCUCGGCCAGAAUCGACGAACCAAGCGACAAUGCUCGACCAUCUCCCAAACGGCACGACCGAAGUCCACCAAACUUCACAGGCGACCUCAAAACAUCAUUUUGGUCGGCAAAUCCAAAAGAUAGGACGAGAAAAGUGCCUGCUACGUGAGAUAGACGAAGAAGCUCAAUACGGCCGACGGCGAUGCAUAGAAUGGCCGACGAACUCAAAACCUCAAGAAGGCGCGAACACCGGUGGAAACUGA